AUGGUGAGGUACUGCUGGGAAAAGGGGUUAAAGAUCUGCUGUCCAUUACACACGCAUAGCGGACGAGUUGCUUCAGGUAAAAGGCUCCUGGGCUCGUUCCUCAUGCCUUCAGAACAGCUGGUUGUCUUGGGACUCACUCUAUUUUCCGAAAACAAAUUAAAUGUGGAAGGGAUUAGAGAAAUUUACAAUAUUUGUCACAAAGCUGCUAAAAUCUCAUCAUUCUCCUAUAAUUCCUUACACAAUUUAUGGAUAGCACCGAAAUACCAACAGUUAUAUGAGAUAAGCGAUCCGGCACUACGCGAUUUAAGGAUGAGGCGUAUAGGAAAGGCGCAGAGUGCAUGGAAAAGGACGGAGCUGGACUGUAGAGAAGCGGAGACACAGAGUGGAAAGUAAGAAAAAGAUGACGUGGAAGAUAGAAGUCCGAACAGCGGUGCAUCAUUCCUAGUAUAUAAAUAAUUAGCAUCUACAGCACAAAUGUAAAAGACAGCGAAACUUAAAAUACAUAUUUCAAAUACGUAUGUACAGCACAUAUAUGUAUAAAAGAUAAUACAAAGUAGACGCAAAUAAAACAUAAUGACACUACGGUAGAUUUCCCACGAAGGCUGAAGUUCGUGUUUACCUGCAGUAGGUUGCAACAUGUUGACGGAGCAGCUCCUUUCCAGUUACCACCCCCUGCAGUGGGACACAA